AUGUCACAAUCGCAGUACGUUACGGACGCUGAAACCGUUACCGAAAACACAUGCAGAGUCGCUGUUGAUACGCACGGGAACGUGUUCAAGGUGCCAGACUACAGCAUCAAGGACAUCCUCGGGGCAAUCCCAGCAGAAUGCUACAACAGAAGCUUGCCACGCUCGCUCUCAUACGUGGCACGUGACAUCAUUGCAAUGGUUACCAUUGGUUAUCUUACCCAUGUUGUGGGUUACCCGUACGUGAAGGAUCUGCACAUUGCAGCAAGGUUUGCGUACUGGUUUGCGUAUGCGUUCGUGCAGGGUCUGUUCGGGACCGGGCUCUGGGUGCUUGCCCACGAGUGUGGGCACCAGGCCUUCUCCGACUACGGUGCUGUCAAUGACUUCGUAGGCUGGAUUCUUCACUCUUACUUGCUAGUGCCAUACUUCUCGUGGAAGUACACGCAUUCGAAGCAUCACAAGGCAACGGGCCACAUCACCAGGGACAUGGUCUUUGUGCCAAAGACCAAGGAGAAGUUCAUCAAGGCCCGUGGCGUUUAUGAGGACAUUGAAGAGUUCUCGGAAGAUUCCCCAAUCAGAACUCUAGUCGAAUUGAUCGUCCAGCAAUUGGGUGGAUGGCUAUACUACUUGCUCACCAACGUUACUGGGCAAGAGUACCCAGAAGUGUCUAAGUGGAAAUGGAACCAUUUCUGGCCUUCUGCUCCUAUCUUCGACAGCAAGGACUACAUCUACAUUCUCUUGUCCGACUUGGGUAUCAUUACUCAGUCUUUGGUCUUGAAAAUGUGGUACGACAAGUUUGGCGGAUGGUCACUAUUCAUCAACUGGUUUGUCCCAUACCUCUGGGUCAACCACUGGUUGGUCUUCAUCACUUACCUACAACACACAGAUGCAACUAUGCCACAUUACGAAGCAGACCAAUGGUCCUUCGCUAAGGGUGCCGCUGCCACCAUCGACAGACAAUUCGGUUUCAUCGGUCCUCACAUCUUCCAUGAUAUCAUUGAGACUCACGUCCUACACCACUACUGCUCCAGAAUUCCAUUCUACAACGCUAGACCAGCUUCUGAGGCUAUCAAGAAGGUCAUGGGCGAACACUACCGUUACAACGACGAAAACAUGUGGGUUUCUCUAUGGAAGAGUGCCAGAGCUUGUCAAUAUAUUGAUGAUGAAGGCUCUAAGGGUGUCUACAUGUUCAGAAACGUCAACAAUAUCGGUGUUGGAACCGGAAAGAAGAAGAACUAG